CUCUGUCUCGACUGAGGUAGCCAUCUUGCUCUUGCCGCGUGCUGGUGUUGGAGGACCCUUCUUGCUUCAGGGUACAGCGCGCAGAAAGAAGAAGGUGGUACAUAGAACAGCUACAGCUGAUGACAAAAAACUUCAGAGUUCUCUAAAAAAACUGGCUGUGAAUAAUAUAGCUGGUAUUGAAGAGGUGAACAUGAUUAAAGAUGAUGGGACAGUUAUUCAUUUCAACAAUCCCAAAGUCCAAGCUUCCCUUUCUGCUAACACCUUUGCGAUUACUGGCCAUGCUGAAGCCAAACCAAUCACAGAAAUGCUUCCUGGAAUAUUAAGUCAGCUUGGUGCUGACAGCUUAACAAGUCUUAGGAAGUUAGCUGAACAGUUCCCUCGGCAAGUGUUGGAUAGCAAAACACCAAAACCAGAAGACAUUGAUGAGGAGGAUGAUGAUGUUCCAGAUCUCGUAGAAAAUUUUGAUGAGGCAUCAAAGAAUGAAGCUAACUAAAAUUUUUUCUGGUUUUUGGAAGCUGGCAUGGACUAGAUUUAACAAAUCAGCUAUGUGGUUCCAAAGUUUUACAGACACGGAGAACAUCAGCUGUUACUAGUUCAGUAAUAUAAAUAUUUUGUAUAUUAAUAAUGCUGUUUGUUCAGCAUUUUUCGAUCAUUUGAUUUUGCAUUUUGCACUUCCUCCCAGGAUCUAUUCUUUUGGUCAAAAUACGAAGUGUUGGUGCAGUUUGAGGGUGUUUUGGGUUUUGAUUCUUGGUUUUUUUGUUUUGUUUUUUGUUGGGGUAUUUUUAGUGUGUGUAUGUGUAUGUAUGCGUGUGGGUAUGUGUGUAUACAGUGGAGAGCAAAUUGGAAAACAGUUUUAUUUAUCCUCCUCCUUACCCCAGUAGAAAUAAAACAAAUCUUUACAUUUGUUACUUUUUAUUUUUUCUAAUGAUGCACAGAAUUAAUGAAAAGUGAGUAUCUUGGAUUUCAAAUCAGGAGAUUUUACCCUUGGAAGUUUGGUUUUAAUUUGCUUCGUUAACAUAUUUCUCAUACAUUUUUCUGGGUUUAAAAUGUCUUGAGAUAUUUUGUCACCAGCUUCAUGCUGGCAUAAUGGGUAGCAUAUCUUUGGUGCAGUUGCCUUAGAUUCACUUACCUAGUUAGACCCAGAGGAAUUUCUUCUACCAGUUUUUGUCCUAAAUGCCUUGUUUUCUCCCCUUUUGGUCUCUAAAUGGCCUGGUUAGCCUUUGGUAAUGCUCUUCCUCAUCUUGCAUCUACCCUGAGAAGGAUGUUCUCCAUAUAGAGUUAAGCGAGUGCCUAAUCCCUCUUUUUGUAAGAUUGUUCCCACAUCUUGAGGAACAACAGCUCCAUCUUCAACUUCUUAUUCCUUUGAUUUUACAGUUUGGUAGAUUUCAAACUGGAAUAGCUAGCAUGUGCUUGCUAAUAAUUUUAUGCCAGCCUUACCCUGUAUCCUAGCUGUUCUUAAUAGCAGGUGCAAAAAUGCCUCUUUUUCAGCAAGGUUGAAAUUGGGAGUGUCCUUUUGAAUCAGAAAAAAUGGGCCAUAGACUCAUUCCCCAGCACAAAUGGGCAUUCUGUGAAAUGGUACUGGCCCCAGGAGGAUUUCUUCAACCACUCCUCUACUCUUGGCCUUGAACCUACCUCUGGAUUGGAUCUUACUAUUGUAGCUGCUCAUAGCAUCCUCCUGCAUGCUUAGAGUAAUGCUUUGGGGGAACACUGGUAAAACACAGUAUUUAUUUUUUCACCCUCCUUUCAGAGGACUUGGAGGUAAGUUGCAUUCAUUCAUUGAUGCUUCCCUCUUGCCGUCUUAUAAAAGCUUGCACUUUGUUAUAUCAGCAUUUGUUAUAGCCAAUAUUUAAGGAUAAGAUUUAGAAAGCCUGUCAUGGCCCAUCAUCAAACUAUGGCUUAACCUUGCAGCAUAUCAACUUUUGUUUCAAGCUAGAUAUCUUUAUUUGAUAUCUCUAGUGCAAGACCAACAUAUCAAGAGAUCUAUAGACAUGAAGGCAAAGGUCUUGUAUUUUUUUCCAUCCAGACACCUCAAUUUAUUUUAUACAUUUGUUGAUUUUUCCUGUUAUGUUUUAUAUAAUAUAUGGAGUUAACUACAAAAUAAAAUAACAGUAAUAAAAUAACAAAAGAGGAUAAUAUUUCCUCUUGUGCUUCUCUU